AUGAGUACUGAAGACAAUCACACUCUCAAGCAUUCAGACAUUGAUUGUCGCCAUCCGUUGGAUCAUUUGUCCACAUUCAGCAUAACAUCUUUACGUAUAAAAAACUGUUUUGCGUUCACUGACGACACGGGCGCUGGAGAUCAGGUCCAACUGAUCGACGCGUACGGGUGUCCGGCGCCGGCAGCCGACGCUUUGAUCUCCCCUUUUAACUACAACACCACACAUACAGCCGAAGCCGUAUUGUAUGAGAUGUUUAAAUACCCGGACACUAAUAAACUGAACAUACAGUGCGACGCUAUACUGUGUCGGGGCGGCUGUCAGGAGCCGGUGUGCGACUCACCCGGUUAUAAGGGUAGGGAUUUGGCUCUUGAUGGGUAUUCACAACUGUCAGCCUCCACCUCGAUGUUUGUUUUCGAGCCAACAGAUGAUUCACUUACCCACGAAAAUUUGUCCGAGUGUACUGAAUGGAGAUUCCCAUGGUUAAUUACCCUGUGCAUAGUGUUGGCCGUGUUAUUACUAUUAAUGUUAUUGUUGAACAUGUUCAUGUGCUCAUCGCUUAGUUGCCGAUGUAUUAAAACUGAGAUCGUUGAACAGGAACCGGACGAGACAGUCGACGACUACGACCCAUAUCGGGCCGACUGGACGGCCCCGAACUCACGGUACGGGUCCCGCAAUUCACUAAACAAAGGCUAUCCCGAGGGGACACUCAAGUCAAACAAAUCGCAGCCAAAAUCGUAUCACUUGGGCUACGAUAACGACGACUACGUUCCCGACCAACACAACCGGUCAUACUCUACACUACAAACCCGUUCGCCCCGACCCCGAUCGCCGGGUCCGCCCCUCUCAACCUACUCGACCCACUCGUUAAAGUCAAAUAAAAAAUUAAAGCCAAUUAAAACGAUCGAGAUCGAUUACUCGAUUGACAACAAUAAUAAAAAUCCAUAUAAUUUGGCCCGUCUCAAUGCUUUCAUUCAUCCACACAUUAGGGACGGGUACGAGUCGGUGGUGGGCGGCGGUCAUUACAAUGGGGCGCAUCUCCGGUGGACCGCACCGGGCGAUGACGUGUACACCGGACGAGCGCACAAAGUAGAGCUCCGGGUGUCUCUGACGCCAAAAACUUUUCAUAAGUUUGCGUUAUUUGAAGCCAACGAACCGGUGGACGAACGCUGGUUAGUGGCCGGCACUCUGCAGCCGCCACCUGAGAGCCGGCACCCCAUGUCAGCCAAGUUUAAAGUCCCGGAACCACUACUGACUGCUGCAAAGGGUAGGACAAGUCGUACGGCCCGGGAAUUGGGGCCCAAAAUGAGCUUUUAUUUCGCGGUCAGGGCUGCCGACGAGGCCGGGAAUGUGGGCCCCGUGUCUAAUAUAGCGGCCGUACAUUUUGGUUACGUACGCCUACCGGAGCCCACAUAUGAUAGGCUAGUGGUGGGCACCGAUAGCCGCCCAUUUGAGUCGACGUUAUUGCAAAGUCACGUGUCUAUCGCGAGUCCAGUGCUCUUCUACCACAACCGAGUGCUCAUACAAAAGCUGAAGAACGCAUCGGUAGUGCCGGUGCCGCGAGAGUUGGGCCGAAACACACGGUUUGUGGUCACCAGCGAUGAUAUCGAGAGUCUGAAUGUGACGCUUAAGGCGCCCGACGGCCGGGUCUAUGGUUUGGGCGGCGAUCGAGCGGUGUAUCGGCCGCUGGAGAUGAGAGCGGCGUUCGCUAUACCGAUGGCCGACGAGGGUAAAUGGACAGUUGGCUUUGAGCGCAUCAACCGGGACAACAAGCAAGACACUGCAAUAGCAUACCUAUCCGUUACCAGUGAGUCCCGGGUGGACGAGCCCGUGAAGGUCAGGGCAUGGAUUGACACACCAUUCACGGCCACCGGUAAGGGUCCGGACCAUAAGGUAACCACAACGGCGGUCAUUACGGCAGAAGUAACCAAACGGUACAACUAUGUCAUCUGCGCGGAUGUGUUGGCACUCGUGGACAGGCCUACAGGCGAUCCACUGGUGGUGCGGCUCCGGGAUAAUGGUUUGGGCGCCGAUAAAGUGGCUAACGAUGGCCUGUAUUCCGGGGUUUUCCGCCAGUUUAAUGGGAACGGC